AUGGAUUAUAAGUCAGUGGAUGAGUACAAUUCAGUCUUGUUAAAGACGGUCUCAAUGUUGAGACUUUGUGGUGAAGUAGUAACCGAAGAAGAGUUACUUGAGAAAACAUUCUCUACGUUUCAUUCCACAAACAUAAUCCUGCAGCUGCAGUACAGAAUGAAAGGCUUCGCCACAUACACUGAUCUGAUCUCGUGCCUGCUACUGGCCGAGAAUGAUAAGAGACCACAUGGCAAAGGCCGUGGUGGUUACAGGAACCGUGACAAUUACUCGAACGGCCGAGAUAGAUACAUGGCCGGCCGGAAAGGAAACCACAAUAACCGUGGUCGUGGUUCCAAUCCGGGCCGUGGCCGAGGCAGUUAUGGCCGAGGCCGAGGCGGUAUAUCCAAGCCGUCUUACUCGGCCAAGUCCGUUUGUCACAGGUGUGGGAUGAGUAACCAUUGGGCCAAGAAUUGUAGAACUCCUAAGCACUUAUGUGAGCUCUACCAAGAGAGUCUUAAGGACAAGAACCCGGAGACUCAUAUGGUUCAUGAUUCCGGUUAUGAGGCUGAUAAAGAAUCUGAUGUUGCAAAUGACGACCUUAUGGAUUUUGAGACUUCUGAUUGUCUCAAAGACUAA